GUGGGGUGAAGGCCGCCUGUGGGGAGAGUUUGAACGUCACACCGUUUCAUCCUGUUUGCUUGAGGAAAAUCUCUUUCACUUCGUCUCCUCAGGUGCACCACCAGAGCAGCACAAAAUGCAAGCCACCGGGCAUUCAGCAAGAAGAAACCGGUUCACUUGUGACGCAUAUUAAUUUCUGGCGUAGAAUCAUAUGGAAAGCGACUUGAAUUUAUAUCCACGAUUCAGUGAGGACAAAUAACUAGCCUGUGUUUGAAGUGUGCCGAGUGUUCGCGCAGUCUGCCGACGAAUUACAUUACCGCACGUUUGAAUCGCACAGACUCACCUUUCAGCGCUUAUUGGAGUGUCUCUAAGGACAUGAGGUGGUUUGGCAGCGUAAUCAUGCCGACUUGGAGCCUAUGAUUGAGUAGCAGUGCUCCAGGCCCCCUCUGAGCCUCCAGCAUCCCAACAGACAGCUGCAGCAUGUCUAGUUCAGGCUUCCCCCCCAGCCAGGGGUCCUUCAGCAGCGAGCAGAGCCGUUACCCACCUCACUCAGUGCAGUACACCUUCAGCUCCACACGCCACCCUUCGGAGUUUCCGGUACCUGACUAUCGUACCCCCCUGCAAGACCAGCAGCGCCGCAGGCCUUCACUACUAUCUGAAUUCCACCCUGCUGGGACCGAGAGGCCGCCGGAGCGCAGACAUGGUUAUGAGCAACAGUUUCAUGCCGUCCCAGCUCAGCAGGAGCAGGAGACUCUCGAGGCCAAGCGUUCCCGCAUCGAGAACGUAUCUGAAACGCACUUUUCAAGGUCUCAGCCCACUGGCAUCUUACUGUCCCCUCCACAGACCAUACAGGACAGCAUCAGGACCACUGGAGAGGUCAAGAAGGAAACCCAGUAUAGUGUGAAGGUGGAUGCCGGAGUUCAACAGGUGGGUGAGGAUGCAGACACAUCGCCCUCCAAACUCUCCAAGGAGGAGUUGAUUCAGAGCAUGGACCGCGUUGAUCGUGAGAUUGCCAAGGUCGAGCAGCAGAUUUUCAAACUGAAAAAGAAACAGCAACAACUAGAGGAGGAGGCAGCAAAGCCUGUAGAGCCAGAAAAGCCAGUGACGCCACCCCCUGUGGAACACAAACAUCGCAGCAUCGUCCAGAUCAUUUAUGAUGAGAACCGGAAAAAGGCAGAAGAAGCCCAUAAGAUACUGGAAGGGUUGGGGCCUAAAGUGGAGCUGCCUCUGUACAACCAGCCCUCUGAUACUAAAGUCUACCAUGACAACAUUAAGACGAAUCAUAUGAUGAGGAAGAAGCUGAUUCUGUUUUUCAAGAGGAGGAACCAUGCACGCAAACAGCGGGAACAGAAAAUUUGCCAGCGGUAUGAUGAGCUGAUGAUGGAGUGGGAGAAAAAGUUUGAGCGAAUGGAAAACAACCCACGCCGUAAAGCCAAGGAGAGCCGCACACGUGAAUACUAUGAGAGGCAGUUUCCUGAGAUCCGCAAACAGCGUGAGCAACAGGAACGAUUCCAGAGGGUGGGCCAGAGGGGGACAGGCCUGUCUGCCACCAUCGCAAGAAGUGAACACGAGAUAUCCGAGAUCAUUGACGGCCUCUCAGAGCAGGAGCAGAUAACGCGACCUUCACAGGAAGACAAGGCAGACGACAAGAACGAAGAGGACAAAUCGGAGAAAUCAGAGAAGAAAGAGGACGAGGAGAAGGAAGAGGAGGAGAAAGAUGAAAAAGAGGACUCAAAGGACAUCAGUAAAGAUAAAGAGAAGUGUGAGGGAGAGGAGGAAGAGGGUAAGGAGCAGAGCACGCCACGCGGCCGAAAGACCGCCAACAGCCAGGGCCGCCGUAAGGGCCGCAUCACCACCCGCUCCAUGGCCAAUAAUGAGGCUGCAUCUGUGGUUGCAGAGGAACCACCUCCACCGCCACCUGAACCAGUUCUGCCAGAGUCCACACCCCCCUCUAAACCUGAGCCAGUGCAGAAACCAGCACGAGAGCCUGCGAAACCCUCUCCUGCAGACAGUGCAGAGACACGAGGCGCAAUUGAAGCUGGAGAGACGUCUCGCUGGACAGAGGAGGAGAUGGAGAUCGCCAAAAAAGGGCUGGUUGAACAUGGUAGGAACUGGUCAGCCAUUGCUAAUAUGGUAGGCACUAAGAGUGAAGCUCAAUGUAAGAACUUUUACUUCAACAACAAGAGACGAUACAACCUAGACAAUCUACUACGGCAACACAAGGGUUCCCGUCGGCUCCGUGGAAAUCAAGACCCAUCACAGAGUGAUCCUGCCCCUGAUGACGAUGAGGAGAGUGAUGGUCCCGAUAACAGUUCGGACACAGAGAGUGCGCCUUCUCCAUCUCAAACUGAUCCCUCCAAAUCCGACUCUGUAACUCAUCCCUACUCCGCUCUCGAGGGCGUGUCGGACCAGGAUCUCAUGGUAACCAAAGGCCCAGUGGCAGAUGCCAAGGGCCAGGAGCCUCCGUACUGCGAGCUGCGGGUGAAAGUAGAGAAGAGUCCAGAAGGAGAAGCUGGAGACGGGCUUCCUCAGGAUGAGCGCACAUGCUUGGCGUAUGAAAUGCAGAUCCAUCCAAAGACUGAGCCGCAGGAUUUGGAGAUGACUGAUCCGAGCAGCGAAAGAGCACAGGUUCAAGUCAAGACAGAGCCAGAUAUCAAGGACAAGGAGGAGAAACAGGGGGAGCAGCACAACUCAGAUAAUGACUCUAGCGCCACCUGCAGUGCGGAUGAGGAUGUGGAAGCCGAACCUGACCGACAAAGACUUUUCUCUCUGGAUAAGCCGUCAUUGCUUGGCACUGCAGGCUCGGUGGUCAUGUCCUCAGCCAAACUCCUCAACAUGCAGCAGCUACAGCAGCGGGCCGCCACCAUCCCCCCUAUGGUCAGUCCCCAUAGCCUCUACCCCCACUUAGCAUUCAGAUAUGCCCCUCUGGACAGAGACGGGGCCCAGCCACCCCGCCACGUUUCAGCUCCAUUCGGUCACAGCAGCGUUCCAGGAGGACUUUUGAGCGGCUUUGCUAUGUUCCAGCACCAAAUCAAAGCUGUACAUGAGUCCGUGCAGGAGGACAAACAGAGACUGGACCAGAACGAGUCUGACCGCAGGCCACGAGUCACCACCCACAGCCCCACUCUAGUGGACAGAGAAGGUAAGCCGUUCGCUUACAUGCCGUAUGACCUGAAGCUGAUGGAGCAGGAAUCUCAUGGUGGAGCGGGCAGACCAGACUCUCCGUACAGACUCUCUCCUCGGGAGCCUAGCAAAGCCUCACCCCAGCCCGAUGCCAAUAACGCCACCCACUACAGUGUACCUCCAGUUCUUCAGCCGGCACCAAACCAGGCAAUGCAGACUCUUUCAGAUGUUCGCAUGGCGUUUCCCCGUCACAGGCCGUCCAACAUUCCAUCUCCUCCGCCCCUCAUUCACUCCAAACCCACCGACAAGCCCUCCUUCAUUCAGGGGGGCUCCAUUUCACAGGGAACACCAGGAACAUACCUUCCUUCUCAAAUGCACGCUGUGUACGUACCGGAGGUAGUCAAGACCACAGGAGGGUCGAUCUCGCUUGGCUUGCCAAGACAGCAGGACCCUGCCAAACCUGUGUCAUAUAUUAAGCAGGAGGAGUGUUCUCCAUGUGGACAGAGCACUCAGGCGGAGGGUCUUUUAUCCAGAGCUCAGUAUGAGGGAGUGGUCAGAGUAGGACCCAUACAGAUUCCGGAUAUGAGAGGGCCACCUGGAAAAGUCUCAGAGAGCUUGACUUUCAGAGGAGGCUCCAUUACUCAGGGCACUCCUGCCCUGGCUCAGUCCAAUGUAGCAGCGGAUCUGUUGAAAGGCACUAUUGCUAAACUGGCCACAGAGGACCUGAGCGGCCCGGAGAAAAGCCGAGCUGAUGCUCAUUCUAAAGCUCAUGUUAUCUAUGAAGGCAAAAGCGGACACAUUCUCUCUUUUGAUGCCAUUAAGAACCCUAGCGAGGGCACUAGAAGCCCACGAAUGGGGCACGAUCUCAAGCGCACAUAUGACAUCAUGGAGGGGUCCCGUGGACACCCAACACGUGAGACGGCACCUUAUGAAGGUUUGAUCAGCAGAGCAUUACCAAGAGAAAGUCCUCAUGAGUCUAAGGAUCGCUUCAUACUCUCAGGAUCCAUCAUGCAAGGAACACCAAGAGCCUCUGCUGAAGUCUAUGAUGAAGCCUCCAAAUAUGGUAAACAGAUCAAGAGGGAAAGUCCACCCAUACACUCUUUUGAGGGAGGCAUUAUGAAGGGUAAACCAUACGAGGAGGUGAACACCAUAAAGGAGAUGGGCCGCUCAAUUCACGAGAUUCCCUGUAAGGGGACUCAAGAUAGUCGUAAAACUCCUGUUCUGGAAGGAUCCAUUACUCAGGGUAUUUCUCUAAAGUACGAGAGCAGUACUGUGAACCCGUCAGCCAUCAAGCACAAUGUUAAAUCUCUGAUCACAAGCCCAGUGAAGAUCUCACACUCUGCCAUUGAGGCAGCUGAGCGUGAGAGGGCCAAGUAUGAGGAUGCAAAGGCGUCCGAACAUGUCCGGCACACCUCUGUAGUAAACUCCACCUCUGUCCUGCGCUCCACACACACAGAAGCGGGAAAAUCCCAGCUCAGUCCAGGCAUGUAUGAAGACAGCAAUGCACGCAGAACCCCUACGUACACCAGCACCUCCAUAUCCAGAGGAUCACCUCUGCUACGAGGGCAAGACGGAAUUAUAGCAACAGGUAAGCCAGCUUCUCAUGAGAGGAGGAGCACACUGACUCCAACCCAGAGGGACAGUGUUCCCGCCAAGUCGCCUGUGUCCGGGGGUGAACCUCUUGGUUCUCACAGCCCAUUUGACCCCCACCAUAGACCUGUAGUACCUGGAGAUGUGUACCGGACUCACCUACCACCACACCUGGACCCCAGCCUCGCUUUUCACCACAGAGUCCUGGACCCAGCAGCGUACAUGUUCCCACGGCAACCAUCGCCGACUGGUUACCCCAACACUUACCAGCUGUACACCAUGGAAAACACUCGGCAAACCAUUCUGAACGAUUACAUCACCUCGCAGCAGAUGCAGGUCAUACCGCGCCCUGAUGUGACAAGGGGACUGUCACCACGUGAACCGUCAAUUGCCAUCCCAUACCCACCAGCUAGGGGAAUAAUUGAUCUAGCCCAGAUGCCACCUACCAUCCUGUUACCUCACCCCGGGGGGACAGGUUCCCCCUCCCUGGAACGCAUCACCUAUAUCCCUGGACCUCAGACCCCUUUCCCUGCUAGGGCAUUCAACCCUGCCUCCAUAUCUCCAGGACAUCCUGCCCAUCAUAGUGCCACUGCAGCUAUUGUGGAGAGGGAGAGGGAGAGGGAGAGGGAAAGAGAGCGGGAGCGAGAAAGAGAUCAGAGAGAACGGGAACGUGCAGCGGUAGAAUAUAUGCGUGGAGGUUCUGAGCAACCUGGCCGACCAGGCAGCCGUAGUUUUCUGCGUUCCACUUCACCCUCUGUGAGAUCACAGGAGGGCGUCCUCCAACAGCGGCCGAGCAUCUUCCAGGGCACCACCUCCAAGAGCGUCAUUACCCCACUCAUGCAAAUGCCCUUACAAGCAGCUGCAUCUCAAGCCAACCGAUACAGCAAUGCAGCUGAUGCCCUCGCUGCCCUUGUGGAUGCUGCCGCCUCUGCCCCGCAGAUGGAUGUUGCGAAAGUCAAGGAGGGCAAGCAUAAUAACAGUAGCUCCCGGGAUGAUGAAGUGAUGUCAUCACGACGGGCAGCACUGGAGUCGCAAGAGCUGGAGCGCCGUUCCGUGCAAUCUCUAUAUGGGGACGUAUCACUUCCUAGUGGAAAACCUUCCCAUCCUGUGUAUGCAGAGGGAGGAGGAGCUGCAGGGAGCAAAGAGAAAGCCCCACCCACCAAGUCACGCAUGGAGGAGGAGCUGCGCACGCAUGGGAAGACCACCAUAACUGCUGCAAACUUUAUUGAUGUCAUCAUCACGCGCCAGAUUGCCCCAGAUAAGGACUCCCGUGAGAGAGGCUCACAAAGCUCUGACUCCUCCAGCAGCAUGUCAUCCAGUCGUUAUGAUGCUCAGGGUGGAAUUGAGGUGAUCAGCCCUGCUAACUCUCCAGCCCUGAGAGAACAGAAGAACGAAGGAUCUUUCCCAUCAGAAAAGAGCUCUCAGCCACACCCAGGAUUAAGGUUUGACAUUAACCGGUUCAGGCAGUCAGGAGAUUCAGGACCUUCUGCCCCUCAGCAGCCCCCCUCCUCACAAGCAGACAGUUAUGGGCCUGUCCCGAAAACACACCACAUCAUGACCCUCGCCGACCACAUUUCGCAUAUCAUUACACAGGACUUUGCCAAGAGCCAAGAUCCUCCCCCGUCAUCCAGCUCACUGCCUUCCUCUUCAUCCUCCUCCUCACUCUCCUCCACAUUCCAGAGCUCUGGUGUGGGAGGUGUUGCAGGUCGAGUUAAAGCCCCUAACCGCUAUAGCCCAGAAAACCCAGCUCCUACUGCACACCACCAGAGACCACCAAACUCCUCCGAUAAACCAAGAGCGAGGCCAGGUAGGUCUCCUGAUCGAGGACGAGGACCGGAGAACUAUGAGCCCAUCUCUCCUCCUCAGGGUUAUUCUGGGUUGGAUAAACAGGAGGACAGUGUGCUGCAGGGUCAGAGACGAGAGCACGAUCCGCCUGAACAGAGGACUGACUCGCGCUCCCCAGGCAGCAGCAGUUACCUGCCCUCAUUCUUUACCAAACUGGAGAGCACGUCUCCUAUGGUUAUGUCCAAAAAGCAGGAGAUCUUCCGCAAAGCAGAAGUCGGUAACGCUCAGCCAGGCACAGAGAUCUUCAAUCUCCCAGCAGUAACAACAUCAAGCAGUGUAAACCCUAGAAACCACUCGUUUAGUGAUCCAGCCAGUAAUCUGGGUCUGGAGGACAUCAUCAGGAAGGCUCUGAUGGGGAACAUGGAGGAGAAGCAGGAGGACCAGCAGCAGCAGCAAGCCCAGCUGGGGACAGGAAACACCUCAGGCAGUAUUUCAGACAGCCGACAGGAGGCCAGCCCAUCCCCUAACACAGCAGGAAAACAGAAGCUGCAGAGUAAAGCUAGCAGCAGGAAAUCAAAGUCUCCUAACCCAGGCCAGGCUUACUCUGCCGGAGAGCGGCCCUCUUCUGUGUCCUCCGUUCAUUCAGAGGGCGAUUACCACAGACAGGCACCCACCUGGGCUUGGGAGGACCGGCCGUCAUCCACAGGUUCCAUGCAGUUUCCUUAUAACCCCUUGACGAUGCGCAUGCUCAGUAGUACCCCUCCCACCUCCAUGGCCAGCCCGCCUCCCUCCAUGCAGUCCCAGCAGCAGCCACAAGGCGGCGCCGUGGCCCCGACGCGUGCAUGGGAGAGAGAGCCACCGCUACUGUCAGAGCAGUACGAGACCCUCUCAGACAGCGACGACUGAGGCAGGUGAUCCACCUCCUCCUACACAAGCGUCCACGCCCCACUCCUGUUCACCGUCGCCCUUCUUUCGCUGUCUUUAUGAACCCCACUCACUGCCAUUUGAGAGUGAGAUUCUGCUGGUAAGGUGGACGUACGUUUGGUGCUACUUUGGUGCCCACUGGUGGUUAGAGAGAGCAUUGCAGAGAGCCACUGAUUUCAGGAUUGAAUCUGAUGCUUUGAUUUUUGGCCCGUUUGGGGACGAGAGCUAAACAAAUCCCAAGUGAAUAGAGACAUGAAAGUCAAAAGGAUGAAGAACUUGUAAAGAGACUUGUUUGCUGAAAAUGUUUCUGUAAAGAUUUUUUUUUGUCUUUAAAAAAAGAAAAAAUCAAUAUAUGUAAAUAGAGUAAACUUUUGCAGUGUUUUUCCUUUAACUCGUUUUCUUUUCUGCAUUUUAACAUUGCUUUUUAAAUUGAUCCCAGUUGGAUGGAUUGGUGGGUGAAAUAAGACACUGGAGAUUUUUGUGGUCCAUCGGGUGAAGAGCAUUGAGCUUCCUGCUCCUGAAAGUAAUGGUCUAAUAGAAACUACUUCAAAUGAAACGCAAAAAGGACUUCAUUACCUUAGACUCUCCAGAUGCGGACCCUGUCUGUGCAGCACUGUUGAGAUGUUCUCUGCCCUGUUACUUUAGGGAGGAAGUCACAAUCGUUCAUCAACUGUUUUAGCAGGGCAGGACCUCAGCCCUUUUCUGGUGUAGGAGCUUGUCUGAUUCACAGUGAAACGUCAGACAUGAAUGUUUCUUCAGUUUUUUUCUUUUCAGCUUGGUUCUAGUCUUCAGUAGUGGCCUGUUGCAGAUCUGUUCAGAGCGUUUGGCCCUACGGUUGAAUGGCUGACAGUUUGACACGAGUUGUCAUCUUUAUUUUGUGGUUCUAACUGUUCUUACAGGGCUUUUCUUAAAGGUUGUGCAAGGUCCGCCACCCUUCCCCAGUAACCCUUUUGCUUUUUGAAGUUAAAUUUGUUUCUGGGGUGAAUAUGCUUGUAAAUCCUCUUUUACUAAUCAUAAAGGAGCACGUAUAACGUGUAUAUUCUGUCAACCGCAAAACAAAAAUACAAAGAUAAAAAUAGGAAGUACCAAACUUGAUGCAUCUCUGCACCAUUGUUGCACUUUUUUUCCUUAGUAAUUUUGAGAAACGUAAGAUCAUACUACCUGCAAUCUUAUUCAAUAACUGCAAAGUUAUUCAAUGUCAUGCAGAGGCCUGGAAUGCUUUCAGAUAUAUUCAUGUUUCAGUCUCUUA